CGUUCAGUUGUCGCGUAGAGCUCACUGCCGAAUGACGUGUCGCGCUGUGUUGGUUGUGCGCUUAAAAGCAAUAACAGUUCAGACAACAAACAAACAAAAACUAUUUUUAGGCUGUGAAAAUAUCAAAGUGCUGUAGUGCAAAUAAGCAUAUGUAUAUGUAUAUACAUUAAUAAACUGCAGCAGCAAACAACACAAAAUGUCGCCUUUCGACUGCAAAUCACGGCGUGGCACCAAAAUAUCUGUUAUAUUAUUGGGCAGCGCCCUAUGCAUUGUAAUGAUGGCUUAUUUUGUGUUUGGCGACAGCAACGAUGAGCAGGGCUUGAAAAAGCUACGCAUGAUAUCAAUUCUGUUUCGCCAUGGUGCCAAGAAUCCGAGUGGCUUCUACCCAAAUGAUCCGCACGCGGCGCUCGAGUGGCAGGAAGGCCUCGGUGCACUCACACAGAAGGGUACCCUGCAAUCAUAUAAGUUGGGCCAAAAUCUGCGCAUGCGCUAUUAUCGCCUGCUGCCCUCGAACAGCAUUUACACACAGCAGCAAGUGCAUGUUCUAAGCUCAGCCGCGGAACGCUGUGUGAUGAGCGCUCAAAGCGUUUUGGCCGGACUGAUGCCGCCGCUGGAGAACAACAAUGUGCUGCCCAUACCCUGGCAGCCGGUGGCCAUAAACACUCUAGCUCGCAAUGAUGACAUUCUGUUGGCGCAAAAGAAGCCCUGCAUCAAAUAUGACACAAUAUUGCAGAAGCUAUACAAAACUCCGCCUCCAGAGCUAGAUAAGCUGAAUGAGGACAAUAAGGCGCUAUAUAAGCUGCUCAGCAAGAACACGGGCAAGAACAUUUCCAAUGUGCUGGAUGUGGAACUGUUGUAUACCACACUAAAAACAGAAGAGGAAGUCAGCCUCGCUCUGCCCGAUUGGACGGAGAACAUAUAUCCCGAGGAAAUGCGACCGUUGGCUGAGCGCAGCUACACCUUAUUUACCGAGACGCACCUCAUGAAGCGCAUUAAGGGCGGCGCUUUUCUUACCGAAAUACUCAAGAAGAUGCAAAACAAACGCAGAAAGAAUUUGAAUCCAGAUCGUAAAAUAUUUCUGUAUUCAGCGCAUGAUGUAACGCUUGUAAAUGUCAUGAACUCCCUGGGCAUUUUAGACCAGACGGCAAAGUUGCCGGAGUAUGCCUCGGCAUUGGUCUUUGAGCUGCAUCACAGCAAAUCUUUCGCUGAUGGCGAUUUCGAAGUGAAACUGGUCUACUACUUCAACAGCGAGGACAAGUUCCCCAAGGAGCUAACAAUACCAAAUUGUGAUGCACCCUGUUCGCUAAGUCAAUUUGGUGCUUCGCUAGAGCCUCUUCUGCUAGAUAAUUAUGAUGAUACCUGUGAGAACCCUUUAACGGACUGCAAGAAUUAAGCUAAUUAUUUUAUGUUUUGUUAUAUUGAAAGUAUUUUAAAGUGUAGCUAUGUUGUUAUUGUUGGAGAAUAUAUAUUAUUAUAUAUUCAAAAAUCAUUCCUGAGCACCACAUUUCAAAUUCGGAAUUUUUAUAAUUAAAUUCAAAAUCUGGAGCCCUUAUCUUCGGCAUAUAAAAAGUAAAUUGGUACCUCCACCGUAUCGCUGACACGAACAAUUUCUUUAUGGCUUAUUAGACGAAUUGCUGCAAGUCCAUAGAAGAGCAUAGGAAGGCCUGCGACAGGUACGGAUUGAUGUACUUGCAUAUACUUAUCCCUUGAUGCACUCACCUAGAUUAAUCACUUUGAGGAAACGAAAGAAUUUGUCCUCUAGUGUUAGAUCCUGCACUUCACGUUUGCUACAGUGAUACUUCAUGUACGGAUAACAACCUGUGCGUAGUAUAUGAUAGUUUGUGCCUGUGUCAAGUGUCCAAUUGAAGUGCGACAUUCCACGUUGAUCAUUCUGAACGUCUUUAAACUUAAUUCAUUGUGUUAAGGAUUUGUUAAAUCCGGUGUUUCUUGCUUACUUUUACAAAAUAUGAUGUCCAAAAUGGUU